AUGGCCAAUGAAAAUCCAGCCCAAUCUGCAUGCAGAUUCUCCACUCGCAUCUCGAUCCGAUGGCUCCCAGAGUCCCCUCAAGAGACCACGGAUACAAUUGUCAUGUCCGUGAAGGACUGGUAUCUGGAUCUUCGCAUGGAAAGGGAAACUGGGAAAAUCGAUUGGGCAAUUGCCGGGCAGCGCAUCGUCGAGAGUCGAGAACCCUUGCGUGUUUCGUUUUCUCAUGAGCUUGAUUCUCAUAACGCUUUUGAGAGUAUUGACUGUGGGACGUUUGUCUCGUUGCCAAAUGGAGAUGAUCUUGAAACGGGGACGAUGCCUCGUCCUGAUCUUCCUGGCACACCUGAAACCGAGUACGAGGAGGUAUGGCGGGAGUUGCCUUUCAGGGCGGGACCUGAGGGUUCUGGAAAGGGUCUCUCUUGGGUUCUUGAGUCGGAUGAUGAGAAUGUCGAGAAAGAGGGAGAGGUCACAAUCACUAAGACCUUCAUCGGUCGCAUCUGGGGAACAUAUUUAGCACUGCAACAGGUCCAAACUCACACAAGAGAGACGGACCCGGAGGGAAAUCUCGUUAUCAAGAAGUCAGGGACAGAGGUUAGUGCACGAAGAGAAGAGUGGAACUCGGGGUGGAAAGAAAAGUAUGCAGUCGGUGCAUCAGUGAAUGAUCUACCUUCAAUGGCGGGUGGUCUUGGAGGAGAAGUGAGCUGGAGCGUUGGAGAUAAGGUCGUGGUUCAAGGCAAGACGUACGUGGUCCGAGCCUUUGAAGAGAUCUCAUGA